AUGUUCGAUGAAACGACCGACGUAUCUGACACAUCACAGCUAAGUCUCGUCCUGCGGUACGUGCACAAGAACAUGGUACGAGAAGACUUCGUACAAUUCGUUGACCCGCGCAGUGACAGCGACGCUCUCGACGUCAGUGUAACCGAGCCUAUUCUGACAGGGAAAGUACUCAGGGAACGGGUUGUAAAAAUGUUGAAGAAUCUAGGACUCGAUCUCGAAAGAUGCGUUGGCUUGGCGACAGAUGGCUGCAGCGUCAUGGUGUCGGAGCUAUGUGGUGCCGUUUCCGAAAUCAAGCUGUGUGCGCCAAACGCAGUUCACUGCCCUUGCUUUAACCACGCACUCAUCUUGUCCUUGUCCAAGUUAUCGCAAGUUCAAGCUGUCAGGAACGUUGUGGGGAUUAUGAAGGAGAUCAUUUCCUUCUUCACAGCAUCACCAAAACGGAACAUUGUACUGCAAAAUGCACUUGCCCACCAACUUAGAGGCCUUUGUGAGACGAGAGGGGUUGAACGACACGACAGUGUUAUCCAGUUUCGAGACUCACUAGGCUACGUGUCCGCAGCUCUCGACGCCAUUGCCAGCUGGAGAGAAAUGCAAAGCGCUGCAAAAGCGAAGGCACUCCGUGUCUCGCUUGGCGAUGGCGAGUUCCUAAUGGCAAUAGUUUGCCUGUCGGACCUACUGGCGCAUACACUGCCAUUGAGUCGUCUGUACCAGAAAGAGUGCGCCGUCGUUCACACAGCAAGGAACACGUUGACAGACACUAUAGCUGUUCUGACUGCUCAAAGACAAAACUGCGAAGAGGUAUUCAGGCCUCUCUACGAGCAAGCCGUUGCGCUGGCAGAUGAGCUAGACACGGAGCUGAAGCUCCCUCGCAUCACGAAAAGGCAGAUUCACAGGUCCAACCCUCCUGCGCUCGAUCCGGAGAGCUUCUACAGGACGUCGGUCUACAUUCCAUUAUUGGAUAAUGUGUUGGCAGACCUGAGAUCAAGGUUCACUGACGAAACUUUUGGAGUCUGCGAGCUCUACGUCUUCCUGCCGUCUCAGCUGCUGCACGCCACAAGAGAAAACGAGGCAAGAGGGGCAACAGAUAUUGUCCUGCGAUAUUGCUCACUCAUCAGAGGAAGUCACGCCCCGAUAACCGCAAAGGUUAUUCAAGCUGAGCUACGGCUAUGGCGGGAGAGGUGA